CUGAGGAUCCGACUAAUGCCCGAGAGAAAGGCGGCAUUCCUGGGCAGGGAGCGCAGCUUAUCUGCGGCGAUCAGAGCCUCCCAGCCCCGCCUGCUGUUCCAGAUCUCCAGGAGAGGUAUGAGCACUUUGGAAUCUCCCACGAAUAUUCCUUCUCUCCUCCCUGAUUUCUCUGCCUGGAAUUUAACUUGGGUCAUGAAAGACUCUUCCCCUUUCUUCCCUCACAGAGGACAACAUGUGUUUGACUGCAGUUUUGAAUUACCUUGUGAACUGGAAUAUUCUCCUCCACUGAAGGACAAAGAAAACCACAACAGGACCUGGCACAGAGUGAGUGCAGAGGAGCUAAACCUUUUGGAUGGACCAAAGAGAGAUCACUCUGAGAAUUCACCAAGAGGUUCAUUCCUGUUCCUCAAUACAUCAGAAAGCAUGAGCCCCAUCAUCUUGAGCCCCUGGCUGAGGAGCAGUAGUGAGCAAUGCACUAUUCAGGUGUCUGUGUACAGGCAUCUCCAACAAAGCGGGGACUAUAUUGCUCGGCUUCUACCUGCUGACGAAAGUAGCAGUGAAAUCCUGUCGGUCCCAAGUCAAGAGAAACAUGGAUGGGUGCUUCUGCAGAAGAGAGUUGGACACCUUAAGAAACCUUUUCGGAUUUCACUGGAAUAUGUUGCUAGUGGGAACAGGAGUGUAGCUGCCAUAGACUCCUUUGCAAUGAAGAACUGCAGUUCAGGAUCUCCUUCUGGCUCCAAAAUGGCCCUACAGGGUUCCUUCAGCUGUUGGAAUGGAACAGAAAUCAAACUGGGGCAGGCAUGUGAUUUCAUCAGAGACUGUGCAGAGGGAGAGGACGAGGGAGAUAUGUGCAAAAAGCUCCCCCCUGGCUUUUACUGUUCAUUUGAAGAAGGGGACUGCGGCUGGACACAGAGCUCUCCCACCUCUCUCACUUUUCCAUGGCAGAUCGGAAACCUGGAGUACAGCCACUUCCCUUCACUAGAAGGCUCUGCACUCUUGCUGAGCACCAGUAAGGUCCCAGUGGCAGAAACGAUCAUCGUGACCAGCGCUGUGUUUCCAGCUCCAAUUAGGAAUUCUCCCUGUGAGCUCCGAAUGUCAUGGCUCAUCCACGGCUUCUUGUUCGGAAAUAUUUCCCUGGUCCUUGUCGAGAACAAAACGGGGAAGGAACAAAGCAGAACGUUCUGGCACUUCACUAACAGUGAAGGUUUGGGAGUCUGGCAGUCGAUGGUUUUAUCUCUUCCUGAUGUGUCAGACAGGUUUUGGCUUCAGAUCAUCACUUCAUGGGAAGAAGAAUCCGAUGCCAUUAUUGCUUUUGACAAUGUGUCUCUUAGCCUGGACUGUUAUCUAACAAUCAAUGGAGAGAAGACAUCUCGAGAUGCAGCUCCGGAUUCGAGCAAUCUGUUCAUCAAAGGAGACAGCCAGAAAAGGAUCAGAUUGGAACAAAAGAUUCUGGAGAGCCUCCAACUCAGCACUGUUCCCAUCUCUGGUCCUGCAGAUCAGUGGUUGUUCACCACAUGUGGUGCCAGUGGACCGCAGGGACCCACUCAGACCCAGUGCAAUGAUGCCUAUAGGAACUUCAAUCUCAGUGUUAUAGUGGGGGCUGAAGGAAUUCUUCAAGGUGUGCAGAUCUGGAGAGUGCCAGCAACCAAUACUUACAGCAUCUCAGGCUAUGGAGCAGCUGGUGGGAAAGGAGGGAAGAAUACUAUGGUGAGGUCCCAUGGUGUGUCCAUAUUGGGGAUUUUUGACCUCCAAAAGGAUGAUGCCUUAUAUAUCUUGGUGGGCCAGCAAGGAGAAGAUGCCUGCCCUAGUACUAACCACGUUAUACAGAAAGUAUGCAUUGGAGAGAAUAACGUGAUUGAAGAGGAGAUUCGAGUAAACAGGAGUGUCCAUGAAUGGGCAGGAGGAGGUGGUGGAGGGGGAGGAGCAACGUAUAUAUUUAAGAUGGAGAAUGGAGAACCAGUCCCCUUGAUAAUUGCAGCAGGAGGUGGUGGCAGGGCCUACAGGGCCAAAACAGAUACUUUUCAUCCAGAAAAGCUGGAGAAUGAUUCAUCUGUUCCAGGUCUGAAUGGAAAUUCAGGAGCUGCAGGUGGUGGAGGUGGCUGGAAUGAUAACACUUCCUUCCUGUGGUCAGGAAAGUCCUUGCUGGAAGGUGGCAAUGCUGCAGUGGACAAUGAUCCAGAAAUGGAUGGGGAGGAUGGUGUGUCCUUUAUUAAUCCACUGGGUACUUUAUACACCCCCGCACUAAAAGUGACAGAGGGGCACGGAGAGGUGGCUAUUAAGCUGCACCUCAACUGCAGCCACUGUGAGCUUGAUGAGUGCCGUGUUGAUCUGGAGACUCAAAAAGUCAUUUGCUUCUGUGAGCCUGGGACAGACCUGGCUGACGAUGGUGUUUCUUGUGUAGCUGACCCCGUGGCUCAUCUCCCCCUCUCCUUGGUCUUGUCUGUAGUGACGUCAGCACUGGUUGCUGCUCUCAUUCUGGCUUUUUCUGGGAUCAUGAUAGUGUAUCGCCGUAAACACCAGGAGCUGCAAGCCAUGCAGUUGGAAUUACAGAGCCCCGAGUACAAACUGAGCAGGCUGCGCACCUCCACUAUUAUGACCGACUACAAUCCCAACUACUGCUUUGCAGGAAAGACCACCUCCAUCAGUGAUCUCAAAGAGGUGCCUCGGAAAAAUAUCUCCCUCAUAAGGGGUUUAGGCCAUGGAGCCUUUGGCGAAGUAUAUGAAGGUCAGGUGGUGGGAAUCCCCAGUGACCCCAGUCCCUUGCAGGUGGCUGUGAAGACAUUGCCAGAGAUGUGUUCAGAGCAAGAUGAGCUGGAUUUCCUCAUGGAAGCUCUUAUUAUCAGCAAGUUCAACCACCAGAACAUCGUGCGCUGUAUUGGAGUCAGCUUGCAGGCGCUGCCACGCUUCAUCCUGCUGGAGCUUAUGGCUGGAGGGGACCUGAAAUCCUUCCUGAGGGAGACACGGCCUAGACCGAGCCAGCCCUCUUCCCUUUGCAUGCUGGACUUGCUACAUGUGGCUCGUGACAUUGCAUGUGGCUGUCAGUAUUUGGAAGAAAACCACUUCAUUCACAGGGACAUUGCUGCCAGGAAUUGUCUCCUUACUUGUCAAGGGCCUGGAAGAGUAGCUAAAAUUGGAGACUUUGGAAUGGCCCGGGACAUAUACAGGGCCAGUUAUUAUCGAAAGGGCGGGUGUGCCAUGCUGCCAGUCAAAUGGAUGCCACCUGAGGCCUUUAUGGAAGGAAUAUUUACUUCAAAAACUGAUACAUGGUCCUUUGGUGUGUUGCUGUGGGAGAUAUUCUCUCUUGGAUAUAUGCCUUAUCCUAGCAAAAGUAACCAGGAGGUUCUGGAGUUCGUAACAAAUGGAGGAAGGAUGGAUCCACCCAAAAACUGCCCUGGCCCUGUGUAUCGUAUAAUGACCCAGUGCUGGCAGCACCAGCCUGAAGACAGGCCAAACUUUGCCAUAAUACUGGAGAGGAUUGAAUACUGCACCCAGGAUCCUGAUGUCAUCACCACUGCUUUACCUGUGGAAUAUGGCCCAUCCAUUGAGGAGGAGGAGAAGGUUCCAAUGCGCCCAGAAGACCCUAAAGCAAUCCCUCCUCUGAUGGUCUCCCCACACCAAAAGAGAGAGGGUGACAAGCAGGCCCUGCCUUCUCCACCCCCUCUGCCUUCAACUGUCACAGCUGGAAAACCUUUGGCAAAAGUGGCAGUCCCCGAGCCUCCGGUUGCUGUUAAUGUGCGAUCAGCCCUGGAAGGGGGACACAUCAACAUGGCUUAUGCGCAGUCCACCCCGGCUUCUGACCUUCAGAAAGGCAGAGGGUCCAGAAAUAAGCCCACCAAUCUCUGGAAUCCAACAUAUGGCUCCUGGUUUGCAGAGAAGCCUGUCGUCAAAAACAGUUCUCUGCUGGAGAAAGAGAUGUCCGAGAGGGAGAAUUUGGGGCACGAAGGAAACUGUACUGUGGGGCCCGGCGUUGUGACUAACAGGCUGCCAGGCUCCUCUCUGCUCUUAGAACCGUCUUCACUAACAGCUAGUGUGAAGGAAGUGCCUCUCUUUAGGCUCCGCCACUUCCCCUGUGGGAAUGUCAACUAUGGAUACCAACAGCAGGGCUUACCCCUGGAAGUCUCUGCCCCACCUUGCGCUAGCAAUUAUGAGGACUCUGUCCAUAGAAACAAGAGCCAUGUAGCCCAUGAGGGGCCUUGAGGGCCCUCUGCACUCUUGACUCUCAUUCUGUGUGGCUCUUGAGCUUGGAGAGUGUUGUCCUUGUCAUCGAGAGAGAGCAGACAGUGCUAAUUUUCAUUAUGUGCCAACUAGCUCUAAAGUGCCACCCUUUGAAGCCGUAUUUUCAGAUAACCCAAGAAGCUUCAACUCAUCGGAGCCUCUACUACUACUAUGAGAAAGGGGGGAUAUUAACGUUAACUGCAAGGCCCAGCUUUCGGUUGCAUAAACUUAUAUGCAUGGUCAUUGUCGUGUCGUGCCCUUCCCUGUGCGCUUCUUCUCAAUUGUGUGUGCUCCGCUUAAAUGUAAGGUCAGGCUUCACUGCUUGAGUAUUUCAUGUUUGGGGUUUUCCUUGCCAAGCUGCUGGUUGCUGUGGAAUGGGACACUUGAAAUCCCCUAUGGAUGGCAGAGGUUUGAGGUGGCUUGGGAAAGAAGCAUUUAUUCAAAACAAAAAGGGUAAAACACCUUUGAAUGAAGACACCAGGGAACAUUCCCAAGUUGCAUUACAGCUGUAACGUCGUCUGCACCAGCAGUAAUUACGGUAUCAUUGGCAGGGCAAUGGAAAAAUGCCAGUCACACUGUUUGGUUUGAGUAAGAUGGGAAGUUAA